CACGUCAGUCUCGAAAUGCCUUUGGCUAUGGCUGUCGAUGUCGCUUCUCAUGGCCUUCUUUCUCUCAAAGGAUACAGUAGUAACUGCAAAUGCAGCGCCAACCAGCAGUGGUAAUCGAGAACCUCUCGACAACCUCAUUACUCAAUGGGAGUCGGCUGCGGAGGCCGAGUUCGCCUACUUGCACCUGUCCCAGCUGGAGGUGCUCAGACGUAUCAAGCUCGGACGUCUCAAUGUCAAUCCGACGGCCGCAGUCGCUUAUGCCAGCCAUUUCGUCAUACGCACGUUUCACUGGGAGAAACAGGCCAGUCUGGAUAUGAUGCUACAAACACAACUGCGCCCGCUCAAUCUGACAAAACAGCAAAAGAUUACAGCACGGCGUUUUGCUAUUCGUGUGGCACUGCCUAUUGUGAGAAACAGAAUAGGAAAUGAUAUCCUGGAGUAUCAAGAUCGACAGCCAGCGCCAGCUAAUGGCCCGCCCGGGGUUUACCAGUCCACUCCUGGACAGUUAUUUUUCUUAAAUGGACUGAGUGGAGGAGCACCUCCCCUCAUUGCCGACAAACCAGAAGCCUAUCGCUCUGCUAUUCCAGGUCCACCCCCCGUACCUAGCCCCGAAUACAACAGAGAUUUGCGAGAGGUGAGGGAGUAUGGAGCACUAUUCGGCAGCCGGAGGAACCAAGAGCAAGACCAGGUGCUGAACUUCGCACAAUCCCUGGACGUCAACACUUACACACGGAUGUGGGCCAUCGUCGCCAAGCAAAUUUUGCCACACAACAUUUCACUGUAUGACACAGCUUAUGUGUUCGCGGCUAUGGCCAUCGUUCAGCAGGAUGGGAUCGCUUCGGUGUUUGAUAAUAAAUGGUAUCACUUCUUCUGGAGACCAGUCACUGCAAUUCGGUACGUUAUCUAAAUCUGAAUCAAUAAAUAGGUAGGGCCGAC